AUGAGUUUUACAUCAUAUAGUGGCAACUCGAGGUCGGUCGUCUCAGACACGGCACGAAGGGCGGACUUUAGCGAGAUCCCCCUGAUCUCUCUAAAAGCCCCCAAGGAGGACCUUAUUGCCCAGCUGACGGAUGCGUGCGCGCGAGUCGGAUUCUUUUACGUCAAGGACCACGACGUGCCGCAGGGGGUCAUUGAUCAGCUGUUCCAGACCGCAACCGAGUUCUUCUCCCAGGACCUCGCCCGCAAGAAUGAAAUCAACUACAAAAAGUCGCGGAUCCUCAGAGGCUACGAGCCUCCGGCCGAGGUGAGGACCGAUGAGACGAGAAAACCAGAUUUGAAUGAGGCCUUCAACUGGGGCUAUGAGAAGAGUCUCGAUCCCCUAUUCGCGGGUAGCGAUGAUACACCAGGCCCAGAAUGGAAAGACAACCCAAUGUCGGGUCCCAAUGCGUGGCCUGAUAUGCCCGGCUUUCAAGGGUCAAUAAGGGCCUACUACGUGCAAGUCUUGCAGCUAGCACGAAACAUGAUUCGGCUGUUUGCAGAAGUGCUUCAUCUGCCGCCCAACUUCUUUGAUGAGCUCGUUUCCACGCCGGGCGCCAUGGGCCGAUUGAUCCACUAUCCGCCGCAGCCGGCGUCGGACCCGGACGCGCUGGGCAUUGGCGCGCACACGGAUAUCGAAUGCUUCACCAUUCUGUGUCAAGGCUCGGUGCCGGCACUACAGAUCCUCAACGCCGGCGGCGAGUGGAUCGAGGCGCCACCCAUCCCGGGCACGUUUGUCGUCAAUAUCGGGGACCUGCUGGCGCGCUGGACGAAUGAUCGCUUCGUCUCGACGGUGCAUCGCGUCUGGAAUGUCACGGGCCAGGAGCGCUAUUCAAUCCCCUUCUUCUUUGGUGUCAAUUACGACGCCACGGUCAGCACACUAGACUCGUGUCUCGCCGAGGGUGAAAAGAGCAAGUAUGAGCCCAUCCAGGCGGGCGAGUAUGUCUGGAAGCGCUUGUCGGUAAGUCGUGUAGACCAGAAAGAGCUUCGAGUUCAAGGUACCCAAGCGGCUGCAGCCUAG